CGGGAACUGGAUUCAGCGGGAGCCGGGAAGGAUUGCCGCCAUGACCUCCGCGUUGGAGAACUACAUUAACCGUACUGUUGCUGUAAUUACUUCAGACGGCCGAAUGAUCGUGGGAACGCUCAAGGGUUUUGAUCAGACCAUCAACUUGAUUUUGGAUGAAAGCCAUGAAAGAGUGUUCAGUUCUUCACAAGGAGUGGAACAAGUAGUAUUGGGAUUGUACAUUGUAAGAGGUGAUAAUGUGGCUGUAAUUGGAGAAAUUGAUGAAGAAACGGAUUCAGCCCUUGACUUGGGGAAUAUCCGAGCAGAACCUCUGAACUCAGUUGUACACUGAAGAAAGAAGUGUGUAUAAAAGGACUUCAGAAAUAUCUGGCUGUACAAAACUAUUUAUAGGGCGGCACGGCUACUUUUCUUACAAGUUGAUGGUAAUUUUGAGUGUUAUGGUUUGAUAUGUAUUAUAAAGUCUACAUUUUAUUGAA